UUAUUCUAUUUUCUCUCUCUCUCUCUACCCCUCUCUCACAUACACACUCUCUCGCUCUAGCUCUGCUGUCGUUUCCUUCCGUUUUCUAGGGUUUUAAAUCGCCGUUUCGCUCGUUCUCAACAAACUACAAUCUAAGGUUACCAAAUGGCCAUGGAAGUUACCCAGGUGCUUUUGAAUGCACAAUCAAUAGAUGGAAAUGUCCGGAAGCAUGCUGAAGAAAGCUUAAAACAGUUCCAGGAGCAAAAUCUCCCUAGUUUUUUGCUAUCACUCUCUAGUGAGCUUGCAAAUGAUGAGAAGCCUGUAGAUAGUCGAAAAUUAGCUGGUCUUAUACUAAAAAAUGCAUUGGAUGCCAAGGAACAACAUAGAAAACUUGAGCUUGUCCAGAGAUGGUUGUCAUUGGACAACAAUGUGAAAGGUCAAAUUAAGGCGUUCUUGUUAAAGACUCUUUCUUCUCCUGCAGCUGAUGCUCGGUCAACUGCAUCUCAAGUCAUUGCAAAGGUUGCAGGCAUUGAGUUACCUCAGAAGCAGUGGCCUGAGCUGGUAGGAUCACUUUUAUCAAAUAUUCACCAGCUACCUGCUCAUGUCAAGCAAGCCACCUUAGAGACUCUUGGAUAUUUGUGUGAGGAAGUCUCACCUGAUGUUGUAGAUCAAGAUCAUGUGAAUAAGAUACUUACAGCAGUAGUUCAGGGAAUGAAUGCAUCUGAAGGAAACAAUGAUGUUAGGCUUGCUGCAACCCGAGCAUUAUAUAAUGCACUAAGUUUUGCACAAGCUAAUUUUAGCAAUGAUAUGGAGCGUGAUUAUAUUAUGAGGAUAGCAUGUGAGGCAACUUUGUCUCCAGAAGUGAAGAUACGCCAGGCUGCUUUUGAGUGUUUGGUCUCCAUUUCAUCUACUUACUAUGAUAAAUUAGCUCCUUAUAUCCAAGAUAUUUUUGGAAUUACUGCAAAGGCUGUGAGGGAAGAUGAGGAGCCUGUUGCUCUUCAAGCAAUUGAGUUUUGGAGUUCAAUUUGUGAUGAGGAGAUAGACAUCUUGGAAGAAUAUGGGGGUGAUUUCACUGGGGACUCCGAUAUUCCUUGUUUCUAUUUUAUCAAGCAGGCACUCCCUGCUCUUGUUCCAAUGCUGUUGGAGACUCUCCUUAAGCAAGAGGAGGACCAGGAUCAAGAUGAGGGAGCAUGGAAUAUUGCAAUGGCUGGGGGUACAUGUCUUGGUUUGGUUGCACGAACUGUUGGAGAUGAUAUCGUCCCACUUGUCAUGCCAUUCAUUGAAGAAAAUAUUACCAAACCAGAUUGGCGGCAAAGAGAGGCAGCGACUUAUGCCUUUGGGUCAAUCUUGGAGGGUCCUUCUCCUGACAAGUUAACCCCUAUUGUUAAUGUUGCUUUGAACUUCAUGCUCAAUGCCUUAACAAAGGAUCCAAAUAACCAUGUCAAGGACACUACUGCAUGGACCCUUGGAAGAAUCUUUGAAUUUCUUCACGGUUCAACUAUGGAUACACCCAUAAUCACUCAGGCAAAUUGCCAACAAAUUAUCACUGUACUGCUUCAGAGCAUGAAAGAUGUUCCAAAUGUAGCAGAGAAGGCUUGUGGUGCCCUUUAUUUUCUUGCCCAGGGCUAUGAAGAGGCAGGCCCAUCAUCCCCCCUGACUCCAUUUUUUCAGGAAAUUGUUCAAGCACUUCUCACUGUUACUCAUAGAGAAGAUGCUGGGGAUUCGCGUUUAAGGACUGCUGCGUAUGAGACAUUGAAUGAAGUUGUCAGGUGCUCGACUGAUGAAACAGCACCUAUGGUAUUGCAAUUAGUCCCUGUAAUUAUGAUGGAGCUUCAUAACACUCUCGAGGGCCAGAAGCUCUCGUCUGAUGAGAGAGAGAAGCAAAGUGAACUGCAAGGGCUUCUUUGUGGAUGUUUACAGGUUAUAAUUCAGAAGCUAGGAUCAUCAGAACCAACAAAAUAUGUGUUCAUGCAGUAUGCAGAUCAGGUCAUGGGUCUCUUUCUGAGGGUGUUUGCUUGUAGAAGUGCUACUGUGCACGAGGAGGCUAUGCUUUCAAUUGGAGCCCUGGCCUACGCUACUGGGCCGGACUUUGCAAAAUAUAUGACAGAGUUCUAUAAGUAUUUGGAAAUGGGUCUUCAAAAUUUUGAAGAGUAUCAAGUGUGUGCUGUAACAGUUGGUGUGGUAGGUGACAUUUGUAGGGCAUUGGAGGAUAAAAUAUUGCCUUUUUGCGAUGGGAUUAUGACACAACUUCUCAAAGAUUUGUCAAGCAAUCAGUUACAUCGGUCUGUGAAGCCACCCAUAUUCUCGUGCUUUGGUGAUAUUGCACUGGCAAUUGGAGAAAAUUUUGAGAAGUACUUGAUGUAUGCCAUGCCUAUGCUCCAAAGUGCUGCUGAGCUGUCUGCCCACACCGCAGGUGCUGAUGAUGAAAUGACGGAGUACACAAAUUCGCUUAGAAAUGGAAUUCUGGAGGCAUACUCAGGGAUUCUUCAAGGGUUUAAGAAUUCUCCUAAAACUCAGCUCUUGAUUCCUUAUGCACCACACAUUCUCCAGUUCUUGGAUAGCAUGUACAUGGAGAAGGACAUGGAUGACGUGGUGAUGAAAACUGCCAUUGGGGUGCUUGGAGAUUUAGCAGAUACACUGGGAAGUAAUGCUUGUUCUUUGAUACAGCAAUCUCUUUCUAGCAAAGACUUUUUAAAUGAAUGUUUGUCGUCUGAAGACCAUAUGAUUAAGGAAUCUGCUGAGUGGGCCAAGUUGGCCAUCAGUCGUGCCAUUUCUGUUUGAAGUUAUUGUGGUGGUUUGGUAUGCUUUUUUGUUUACAAGUCCCUGCAUGCAUUUGGGUGUAUCGAGUCGGGGUCCGGGGUUGCAUUUGUGUCAGGUCAUCUGCCAUUUUCAGAUAACAAAGUUAUCAGUCUUCAAGUUGUCACUCUAUCUUGCAUCAGCACCAUGGGGUCAGGAAUGGUCGGUUAUUACAUUGCAGAUAUGGGAGGUAAAGAAUUCUGUUUAAAGCUCCAAAGAAGCAGCCAUUGAAGACAAGUUGAAAGGAAAAAGGUAAUUUAAAUUUGCUGAAUAUACGAGUCAGGAUUGAUUGUGUCUCCGUGGUCAUGCCGAAGUUUUAUUUAUGUUGGUUUGGCGCGGUCUUGGCUGAAGUUUAUUUAUAUUGUUGGAAUUGAUGAUUGCAAUGAUUGGUGGAAGCUAAGUGACACUUGAAGAUAAAACAAGUGCAUAAUUUCAGAAGGUCUUUUUGUCCCCCCUUUUUUUUCUUUUUUUCAUAUCAGUUCAGCAUGAUGUCUGUCAUAUUCCAACCGUGUUUCUUUAGUAUAUGCGGUUGGGGGUCAUCACAUAAUCGAGGGUAUUGCGUCCUGCAUCACAUUUUUGAAUUGUUAUUUUUUAUAGGUCCUUAAGUCAGUAAUAUACCUUGCAUUCAUUCAAUCAUACAGUUGUUUUUUUUUUCUCAUGAAUAUAGGUUUCUCUUUUCUGAAGAAUGUGUAAUAUUUUGGUCUAUCCUUGUAGAGAAUGUGUCAUAAACUGUUUUGACAUUGUAAUCUUUGGAUGGAGAAUUGAUUUACUGAUGAAAUGAGAGUCGUGCAUUCCGUC